CAUUACCUCACCUAGCCCCCCAUUACCUCAUCUAGCCCCCCAUUCUCUCACACAGCCCCCCAUUCUCUCACACAGCCCCCCAUUCUCUCACACAGCCCCCCGGUUCCCCAUUCUCUCACACCCAGUGCGGAGGUCGCACUCCAUUAAUGGGGGUCUGGCUCCCCCGUGGGGUGUCCUAACGCCCGCCGGACACGGCCUCUCCGGGAGCGGCUCCGUCCAUCACUCCGGCUGUGGCUCCUGGGGGCCAGGCGGGCGGCCCCGAGUGUCCGAGGCUCCCAGCUUCAGCACCACCGGCUCCGGACAGCGCUCCAUGGAGCUCCCCAUCAGCUUCCUGUCAGACAGCAGCCGGCCUGAAGCCUCCCCGGAGCGGGCACCGCGGGCACACCGGGGGGAGCUGGAGCUGGAGGAGGAGCUGGUGCUGCUGGCCACCGAGGCCGGGGAGGACCCCGGGGAGGGCGAGGGCCCCGGGGUGGAACCCGGGUUGCUGUCAGUCAUCAGGAAGAAGGAGAAGGACCUGGUGCUGGCGGCCAGGCUGGGGAAAGCCCUGCUGGAGAGAAACCAGGACAUGAGCCGGCAAUACGAGGACAUGCAGCGGGAGCUGACCGACAAACUGGAGCAUCUGGAACAAGAAAAACAUGAAUUGAAACGAAGAUUUGAAAAUCGUGAAGGUGAAUGGGAAGGGCGAGUGUCUGAACUGGAGAGCGAUGUCAAACAACUGCAGGAAGAAUUGGAAAAGCAGCAGGUCCACCUUAGAGAAGCCGAUCGGGAGAAAUCCUCUGCUGUACAGGAACUGUCUGAACAAAACCAAAGACUCCUGGAACAGCUCACUAAGGCCACAGAGAUGGAGAGACAGCUCUCGAUGCAGGUGAAUAUUCUACAGGAAGAAUUCCGUGGGAAGAGUCUAUCUAGCAGCCAACAUAUUUCACGCUUGGAAAGUCUCCUGGCCGAGAUCAAAAUGCUUUCAGAUCGGAAACAAGAGUUGGAGGAGCAACUGGGCACCAUUAUGGAAGAGAACGAGCAGCUCCAGGGACUCGUGGAUGAACUACACGAUCGAGAGUUAAUUUUAAGUCAACAAAGUUGUGCCAAGGAGCGUCAGCUGGGAGAGAGCCAACUGGAAUUAGAAGAACUUAGACUUUCUUAUCGGCAGCUGCAGUUGAAAAUGGAGGAACUCAAAGAAGAGAAGAGUCUCCAGCAUCUAAACAGCACAAACACUUCUCUCCUAUCUGAAAUUGAGCAGAGUAUAGAGGCCGAAGAACAGGAACAAGAAAGAGAGCAGUUGAGGUUGCAGCUCUGGGAAGCACACUGUCAGGUCCGAUCUCUUUGCUGCCAACUAAGAGGAAAUGAAAGUGCAGAUUCUGCUGUUUCCACUGACUCCUCCAUGGAUGAAUCUUCCGAAACUUCUUCAGCCAAAGAUGUACCAGCUGGGAGCCUCCGGACAGCCCUAACAGAGUUGAAGAGCCUUAUCUUGAGUAUCCUAGACACAUGCGAGUCUGCGAGCUCAAGAAAAUGUGAGGAUGAUGGUUUAGAGGAGCAGAUUAAACGAACAAGUGAAGACUCCAAAGCUUUACGGGAACUUUUACAAGGAGAACAAGUGAGAAUGAAACAGACAUUUGAGGAGCUUCAACGGCUUCACCAACAGGUGAAACUUUUAAGUAUUGAAAUGACUGCACUGAAAGAAGAGCGGGACCAUCUCCUGGUGCUAACUCAAAAUACAGAGACACACGAGCAGUUAACGAAGGCCAUCAAGGACCGGGAUGAAGCAAUAGCCAAGAAGAAUGCAAUGGAAAUGGAGUUGGCAAAAUGUAGAAUUGAUCUGAUGUCACUGAACACUCAGCUAUUAGAUGCCAUUCAACAAAAACUGAAUUUGUCCCAGCAACUGGAGGCAUGGCAGGAUGACAUGCACAGAGUCAUUGACCAGCAAUUGAUGGACAAACACCAGAAGGAAUGGAACGAGUCUGUAUAUUCCUUCACCAGUGGCCAACCAGUUAAGCACUGUGGCAAAGUAACCACUCUAAACCGUUCAGAGCGAGAAGAGCCUAUUGGAACAGAAGGGAGGAGUCUCUUCUCAUUUCUAAAGAAAACCAAGUGCUAGUUUUAAACUUUCCACAACUCCCUUCAAUGUAAAAUUGCUUUAGGAUUAAUGGCAUAAUGAAAAGCAAUGACAUGCAGGAAGACAGCUGUAUACUAAAGAAAUGAUCUUCAAUAGUGACAUAAACCUGGAAGGUCUCUUACUGAAAUGGGCAAUCACUGUAUUCACAACAUAUAAAGCCAUUUGUGUGUGAUCUACAGAUGUACUUCUAACAAACUCUGAAAUCAAGGUGUAAAAAGACUUUAGUAAAUGGCAGUUAAUAGAGAGAAGAAAAAAAA